UUCAAAUCUUCAUUCAUCAUUGAAACGGCUAGAGAGCAGAUUGUGCGUAAGGCAACGAACCAAAUUUUUACUUUGAUUCAAAUUUCAGCAGCUCGAGUAUCUCCCUGUAAUUAUAAUUACGCACAAGAAUAUCAUGGAGGACAACAAGAAAGUGGCAUUAUAUUUCCGCAAGAGCACAAAAUUGGAAUCUGAAGAUACAAUUGUUGAAAUCGAAUUGAACAAGACAAAAAUUAAUAAGUCGCAAACUAAUAUCGAGAAGCGGACUUGUACAAUACGGAAAGACUCCACCGUGGUCAACGCUUCGCCUACGAAGAUGACCACUGAAGAGCCGAUAUCAAAUUUGCUAACCGAUUCACCGUUCAAGCGACGUCCGUUGAUUCUACGCUCGCCACCGGAUACUCCGAAGGCAUCAACAAAAUCACAGAUGAACACGCCAAAGCUACCGUUAGAUAGCCCAUCAAAGUUGGCUGCACUCAAAACACAUAAACAACGAGUGGACACUCCCGGGAUGCAGGUGGUCACACCCAAAAAGCAGUCGGAUAUUGGGAAAGUGUCACCUGGAGUGCCGCAAACUGAAAUAACAAAUAAAACACUUGAGAAACCGAUUAAUUUGUCACCGCUUCAAGAAACGAAAACAAACACUCCAACUUUACCAUUGGCAGCUCCAACGAUGUCGCCGUCUCUCGCGAAUGAUAUUUCACCAAACACCUUAGGGAUGUCGCCGUCAACACCGCCACCACGUGCCAUAAAUAUGCCAUUGGAGGAGGGUUCUUCGAUCCCACCACAAGCUGAAGCUGCUGCUCCACCACGUCCAGGCACUCCAAUGCCGAUCUCCUCGCCGGAUGUGCUCAAGUACAAUCCUUACGAGGAUUGGCAGCAACGUCUGAACAUCAACCAGAUGCGUCAACAGUCUCGCACUGCCAAAGUUGCUGCCGCCGCUGGCGCCGCAGCUGCUGCCGCUCAUGUGCGUCGUGGUGCCUUGGAUGUCAUCAUUGAUCGCAAACAGCAGCAGACGCCACGAUCACAGGCAGCUGUCAAUGGCGAUCGGCAUCUCGAUGAACAGCGUGGCAUUCGGAAUAUUAAUUUGCUCAGCUCAGCUUUGCACAUUAUACGUGAAAUGGAUCCGGACUAUGUGGAGAAACUCUGCUAUGCCAUUCACGAUCAUAUGUCCAGGGAGAAGCCCUUGGAUUAAUCACAUUAAGAUCCACUCAUAUAUAAUACACUUUUUUUUGUUGUUUUGCUGUUUGUUUGCUGGCUGCUUUACUCACACACGUUUACACGGAUUUUCUUUCUUAUAAAUUUGAAGUUUUAGUUGCAUUUUGAGAAAAUACUAAUACGACACUUACUAUAUA